AAGAAGGAGCGCGCGCAAGUGUUGGAUCAGUCCUUCAGAGGGAUCUGAGGAAACGGCGGGAGGCGCGCGCUCAUUUGUGGCUGCACCUCAUUGUGGCGGGAGUCUUAACGCUUCCUGCACGAGACUAAACGGCUUUUAAUCUAACUGUUUUAACGGUCGGAGGUUCCUCAGAAGAGUGAAGCGGAGUACUUUUCCCAAACAUGAGAUUCCUGAGCAGCAUCGGAAUGUUCGUCCUCACGACACUGAGCGCAUUAACUUCUGUUUUAUCGGCGAGUAACUAUUACUGUGAAGAGCCGCUGUUGACAUCACUACCCACAUCUUCCUUCAGGAACUCAUCAAAAUACUCUGACAGAAGGUCACCGCACUACGCUAAACUCAACAGAAGAGAUGGAGGUGGGGGGUGGUCUCCGAGCGGAGAAGACCAGCAACCUUGGCUUCAGCUGGACCUACGGGAUAGGUUGAAGGUCACAUCCAUUGCCACCCAGGGUCGCUGGGGCAGCUCUGACUGGGUGGCUCGGUACCAGCUACACUACAGUGACUCUGGACGAACCUGGAGACCGUAUAGACAAGAGGACGUGAUAUGGACAUUUACAGGAAACAGUGACACAGACACAGUGGUCCAACACAAACUCCCUCACUCAAUCAGAACUCGAUAUAUGCGUCUUCUGCCCAUAGAGGGAAGCCCGAGAGGAGGAAUGGGUCUACGGCUAGAGGUCUAUGGCUGUACAUAUAAGUCCGACGUGGCUGACUUUGACGGUCGCAGUGCCUUACUCUACCGGUUCAACCAGAAGUCCACCAGCACAGUGAAAGACGUUAUAUCUCUGAGAUUCAGGAGUCAUCAGGCAGAAGGCGUUCUGGUUCAUGGAGAGGGACAGAGAGGAGAUUUUCUGACUCUGGAGCUUCAGAGAGGAAGACUCAUUUUGCAUCUCAAUUUAGAUGAUGCCAAGCCCCAGUCUGGUGGUCGCUCAUCAUCUGUCAUGUUAGGAAGUCUGCUGGAUGACCACCACUGGCAUUCUGUUCAGAUUGAGCGCUUUAACAAACACGUCAACUUUACCGUGGAUGGACACACUCAACACUUCCGUAGUCUAGGACAAGAGGACACCCUGGAGAUCGACUAUGAGCUCAGUUUCGGGGGAAUACCUUUGCCUGGCAAACCUGGGACGUUUCUUCAUGAAAAUUUCCAUGGCUGCAUAGAGAACCUCAACUACAACGGCGUCAAUGUCAUCGACAUGGCAAAGAGACGAAAGCCACAGAUUUAUACCGUGGGCAACGUGACAUUCUCCUGCUCGGAGUCCUCCUCAGUUGCAGUGACGUUCCUUAGUUCCACAGGCAGUUUCCUGGCGCUCCCUGCAGAUUACAGUAUGGAUAGUCUUUCUGUUCGUCUUCAGUUCCGCACAUGGAAUCAGGAAGGGCUGCUGUUUUCAGUACCGCUCUCUCAUGACCCAGACCCCAUUAACCUGCUCCUGCGGCUCAGCCAGGCCCGGCUGCUCCUCUUGCUCUCUGGAGGACCACAAAACUCUGCUCAGGUUUUCAGCGGUCAGAAUUUAAAUGAUGGACAGUGGCACUCCAUAUCCGUUGAGGUCAAAGGUGAGAAGGUGUCUUUAACAGUCAACAACCAAAAGCCUGCCACCAUGGAAAUCACUGGACGUAGCCAAACCCCCCAGAGAACAACCAUCUACAUUGGAGGCUGCCCUUUAUUCCAGAGCAAUUUCAACUGUGAGAACCCCGGCAGAGGAUACCAGGGCUGCUUUCGUCUCCUUUUAAUCAACAACCAUCCGGUCAACUUCCUUCAGAUCCAACAGGAAAACAUGGGCAACUUUAGCCAGAUUAGCUUUGAUGUUUGCAACAUACAAGAUAGGUGUUUGCCCAAUCUGUGUGAACAUGGUGGUCAAUGCAUCCAGUCUUGGGACCAGUUUGACUGUAACUGUUCUGGAACAGGAUACACAGGAGCCACCUGCCAUAACUCAAUAUAUGAGCGAUCCUGCGAGGCCUUCAGGAAAACAGGAAGCCAGUCGAGUGUGUUUACAAUCGACCUUGAUGGGAGCGGACUUCUAGACCACGCUCAAGUCAACUGCACCGUGGCAGAAGAUAAAGUUUGGACGGUGGUGGGGCACGAUCACAUGAGGCCCAUUGACAUUCGAGGAUCCACUCCACGCAGCCCUUUCGUUCUUAUCUUCAACUACACCAUCUCGCCAUACCAUCUCCGCUCGCUCGUCACCUCCUCUGAACACUGCCAACAGGAAGUGAUAUAUCGCUGCAGGAAGUCUCGGCUUUUUGACACUUGGGAUGGAACUCCUCUGUCGUGGUGGUUGGAUAGAGAUGGAGUAAAGCGAACAUAUUGGGGUGGAUUUCUACCUGGAGUCCAGCAGUGUUCUUGUAGCUUGGAUGGCAACUGCAGGGAUAUGAAUUAUUUCUGUAACUGUGAUGCAGACCAAGACACCUGGGCAAAUGAUACUGGUGUGCUGUCUUACAAAGACCAUUUACCUCUCAGUGAGAUCGCCAUUGGAGACACAAACCGGACAAACUCACAGGCCGAACUCCAAAUUGGACCGCUGCGUUGCUAUGGCAACCGAUUUUUCUGGAACUCUGCAUCUUUUUACCAGGAGUCCUCCUAUCUGCAUUUCCCAACCCUCCAAGCUGAACUGAGCAUCGAUAUUUCACUCUUCUUCAAAACCAGUGCUUUCUCUGGAGUGUUCUUGGAGAAUCUGGGUGUCAGAGACUUCGUAAGGCUGGAACUUAGUUCUCCCUCUACCAUGAACUUCACCUUUGACCUUGGAGAUGGACCAGUAACUCUUACUGUUCGGUCACCUGUAGCCUUGAAUGACCGUCAGUGGCAUUAUAUUCGUGCUGAGAGAAAUGUGAAAGAAGCUUCUCUACAGGUUGACUCACUGCCGCUGGAACUAACCGAAGCGCCGCCUGAGAAACCAUAUCGGCUUCAGCUCAGCAGUCAACUCUUUGUAGGAGGAACGGCUUCAAGGCAGAGGGGCUUCGUGGGCUGCUUACGCGCUCUCACCAUUAAUGGGGUUACCCUUGACCUUUUCGAACGUGCAAAGACCACCCCGGGGGUGAAUUCAGGCUGCCCGGGUCACUGCACCAGUGACAGCGUCUGCCAUAAUGGAGGACGAUGUGUUGAAGAGCGCAGCAGUUACGCCUGUGACUGCACACAAACAGCCUUCGAUGGGCCACACUGCAGAAAAGCUCUUGCAGCUUCUUUUGAAAGUGGGUCUUCAGUCCUGUAUACUCUCCAGGAGCCAUUUUCUGGGAUACUAAACGAGGAAGCCAGAAGAUCGCCGGCUGGUUUCCAUGAUGCAGAAGUUGCCAAGUCUCAAGAGAAAGUGUCAUUUGGGUUCUUGACGCGUCACGUGCCAGCCUUGAUCCUGAUGGCUCACACUCUGGACCAGAACUACAUGGCUGUUAUGCUCACAUCAAACGGCAGCCUGCAAAUACGAUACUUGAUGAAUAAAGAAAAAAGGACUGAGAUGUUCAGCCCAAAGUCAGGCAGUCUAGCAGACGGACGCUUCCACUGGGUCAAAAUCAAUCGAAAAGGACAGGAGCUCCUUGUUCAGAUUGACAACACAAUAACCCAGCAGUACAGCCUGUCUCCUGGCUCUGCUCUCAGCCCGGUGAGGUCGGUGAUUUUGGGGAGAAUCCAAGGUAGUGACAUCACCGAUAAGGAACUGGUCCAGGCUGGAUUGAGAGGGUUUAUUGGCUGCUUGUCCUCUGUUCAGUUUAAUCAGGCAACCCCUCUGAAGGCAGCCUUGCAAAACAGCCCUUUAGUUACUGUUAUCGGCCAUCUGGAGGCAUCAAGUUGUGGAACGAUAUCCAGCCCAAACACUUUAAGCGAUACACACAUACGUUCAGAUGACUCUGCAAAAUCCGACAGAGGCAAAGACCCACCGAAAAAGGCAGAUCAGAAUGACUUGGCACUAAUCGGAGGAGUAGUGGCCGCAGUGGUGUUCAUCACACUCUGUGCACUGGCCUUCAUCAUCCGCUUCCUAUACCGACACCGACGGACUCCAGCGCCUUCCGGAAUCACCGGAAAGAUGCAUCGCCCCAGCAUUGAGCCUCCACCUUAUCGAGCUGCACUGGACCUGCACAAACCCCACCAUGACAGCAAAGAAUACUACAUCUGACCUCUUCAUGUCAAGCUUGGUCUUUAAUCGAACAGCCGGUCACCAGUGUACAUGCUAACAACCCCACCGCACUGUAUUACCUACACUGCAGGCUGAGCAGCCAAUCAGAGGCCGGCAAUGUCUCCACAGUCUGGGGCACAAGAAACUACAACUCGAGACGUUUUGUUUAUUUGCUUAUUUUCUACAAAGAGGGUAAAGCUUACAUGAAAGUGCUGUGUGCCAGCCGUCUGGAAGGUGUCAGAGCUGUAUAUUGUUAUUUUACAGGCAUAAUAAUAGGUUAUACAUGCACAGCGCACACACUUUCCAGGCAAACAGCGCAGCAGGAGGCCUGAAGCAUCACUGAAUUGUCUUUAUCCAGUGUGCCUGCUCAAACCUGUCUGUCUCAGAGCCCGGGCUUAAGCUAAUGGACUGAAACCCCAGCGGAUUGGAUUCUGAGAGAAUGCUUUUUGUGGUAGGGCGGUGGACCUUCCCAGACGUUGUUUUUAAAGGAUCGAUCAUCGCUCAACAUGUCCACAAAAACAAAAGAUUAAAGACGUCCGCAUCCGACAGCCUCACAUUUUGAUGUUGAAACUAUUGACUGGUGCAGAGGCUGGGAUUAAUCACCAAAGGACCAUAAGAAUAUAUCAGCAGCGGCUGAGGGAUUGAAUAUGAGUCAUUUGUGUGUAUCCAGAUUCCCAUGGGCUGGCCAGAUUCAGGCAGUUUAAUUCUCUUUCCCAUCGUAAUCGAGCCGGUCUCGCAACUGGAGCGAAAUCUGUCCUUACUGAAGUGCAUUAUAUCUCGUGACUAGAUCAACAACAACAAACUUGCUUUCUAUUGAGAAUGAAUUGUAUGGCUGUUUUUCUUUUCUAUAUGAAUACUGUAAAUGAACGGUGUACAUACAUUUCAUAAUUAUAUUUAAUAAAUGGAGCUUUCUCAGAGCUUAUGAGUGCAGAUGACCUAUAAACUGGUUUUGGCAUAUUUAAUGGCUAUGAAUGAAAUAUUCUCAGUACUUUAGGAAAAUCUCAGUGUUUAUUUAGAUGCUGGUGGGAUGUGCACUCUACAUUUUGCUCCAGUCUGAUUGACCUUCUAUUUCCUGUGUGUCAGAUACACUGCUAGUAAUAUAAGCCAAGAUGGAGAAGGAGGAAGAGAGAGGCAAUCGAUUGAGAACCCUUAGGAUACAGCGGUAAUGAAACAACUUCUCUUGGCCAUCUGCUGUAACAGGUAUGCUGUAGACAAAGCCAAACAACACCUCUCGUGGCAGGAUGCACCUGAGUGUCUGACAAUCACAUUGAUCACACCUUCAAGACAACUUCUGUUAUAGGCGGCUUCAUACAGUAUGUGUAGAGGCUGAAUUUAGCCAAAAGUUUAGACACUGUUGAGUGGUUUUGGAUUCCUCAUGAUCUUAAUGACCCUUUGGAUGUACUGGCUAACUACAGUCUCUGCUGCCAUCACUUUGCCUAAGAGGUCAAACUCCCCCUGCAGGAAACAUCUCCCAAAACAUGACACUGCACCUGCACCUUUCAUUGACUACACUUUAGGUUCAAUCUUUCCUCAGUUUACCAACAAACACAAUGAUCCAACCCAAAUUAAACUGGCUUUCAUCAUUAAAGUGAACUUUGGACAGGGUCUCUUUCCAUAAAACAUGCUUUUCAGCAAUCGACAUUCGAUUCUUUCUGCUGGUGAGAGGUUUGGUCUCUGCAGGCGAAUAUGCAGAGAUAUAGAUCCUUACGCCCCCUUUGCACCAUUGGCAUUGAAGCUAAGGCUUAACAGAGAGCGUGUCUGAAGCUUCACUUUGAUGUGAUCAUAAUAGAGACAACAGCCAAUCACAUACAGCUUGGAGCACGACUCAAAAAAAGGACACAGAAUUAAAGCUGAUUUAUACUUCUGCAUUGUUAAAUAUAACUACACGUCGCAAUGAUGCGUAACGCAAUCUCUGUGAUAUGUUGGUUUGGUAACGGGGACGAGUGUGGGUGGUUCUAAGAGCUGCAAGCCCAAUGGAGCGAUUGUUUACAAGUCUCUCGUUGGAAGCUCUUGUUGGAAACUUUUGUUUUCUGUUUACCUUUUGAUUAAAGUUGCUGCCCGUC